AUGGAAGUUCCUCCUAAACCAACUAUCGAAAACCUACGACACGUCGUAAACACCUUUCCCAUUAUAGACAACCAUGCACACAACAUCAUCCAGCCGGCCUUGUUAGACACGAUACCCGUGGAAUCGGUAACUACCGAAGCGCAGGGAGGCGCGUUGAGAGAUACUUUCAAGUCGCUUCCUCACCUAAGAGCGGCACGACAACUACGUCAACUCUACGAGUGUCCUGACGAUGCUAACUGGGAAGAGCUGCUUGCCCAGCGCGAGGAAUGGCUAAGGUCGGAUCCAGAAAGACUGAACCAGCACUGCUUCCAAGGAGUACAUGCUCUGCUGAUCGACGAUGGCCUCUCCAGUUCCGAAAAGGUACUACCGUAUCACUGGCAUAACCGGUAUACAAAGGCACCAAGUAAGCGCAUCGUACGAAUCGAAACGGUAGCCGAACGACUCAUGGAGAGUAUCCUGCACGGUGUCACUGAUGAUGAUCUCGAUAUCGCUACUUUCUUCACUGAUACAUGGGUCGCUUUGACCGAAGAAUUUGAAAGAGAGAUCCAAGAAGCGAUCCAGGACCCUGAAGUUGCCGGCUUCAAGACUGUUAUCUGCUAUCGGACCGGAUUAGAUAUCGAGCCGGACUAUGAACGAGCUGCGCGAGACGUUGGGCUUCCAUUUGAACGCUACGUGGAACGGUGUGUCCGGAGGAAGAAAUAUCGAAUCGAAAGAAAAGCACUUAAUGACUAUCUGGUAUUGCGAGCACUGGAGAUCCUCUCAGAAGAGACUGUGCAUCCGGAAGCUAUGUCCAAGCCUUUGCAACUGCAUACCGGUCUCGGAGAUAAGGAUAUCGACCUUUUGAAGUCAAAUCCAGCAUAUCUGCAACCUGUCGUCGAAGGCUACCCGAACGUUCCAUUUGUGCUGCUUCACUCGGCUUAUCCGUACACACGAGAAGCCGGCUAUCUAGCUACGGUGUAUAAAAAUGUCUAUCUAGAUAUUGGGGAAGUGUUUCCUAUGGUGAGUCGAGAUGGUCAGAAUGCCAUAUUACGACAAGCGCUAGAGAUCACGCCUGGAAGCAAAUUGCUCUACUCGAGUGACGGCCACUUUCUACCAGAAACUUACUGGUUGGCAAACUUGCAAUUUCGUGAGGCGUGGUUAAAUCUUCUUGAGGAGUACGUGGAGAAAGAAGAUGUUACGCCCCACCAAGCCAUUGCUAUGACGAAGGACAUUUUAUUCAAUAACUCCAAUGUCCUCUACAAUCUGCGAUACGAAGCAGUUUUCGAUGAUCUCGUUGUACCACCCAAGGCCCUCACUUACAAUCCUGAGUCGGCCGCAGGAGCAUCGAUCUCACCAACUGCUGCUGCUGCACCACUGCCCUAUCCGGAAAACAUCACAGAUAUACGAAGCCAUGCGCCUACAGUUGUACCUUCAUCGUUCCUACCUCGAACACCAUCGGAAGGAUACCAGCCGCCACCAUUCCCUCCACCACCGAAGGAGCCACAAGUGUACGACGUCCAGCUAUACGAUACCUUCAUGCAACAGAACCCUGAAGUCAAGUUUGUCUACGUCCAGUGGCUCGACUACAUGGCCACUGUCCGAGCACGCAUGGUUCCAAUCAAGGAGUUCGACCGCAUGAUGCGCUCUGGGAGCAGGAUUGGCAUCUCUCAGGGCAAUACAGGAACGCUCCAAAAUGAUGGCCCGACGCCUGUCAUGAACCCAGUCGGACAAAUCUACGUGGAACCAGAUUUGCGUUCCCUCCGGCGGACCCAUAAUCGGGAUCCACUUCCCUCUGCAACAGUCUUGUCUUUCUGGCGCGAUGAGAGAGGCAAUCUUCUUCGCGAAUGUCCGCGAACGAUGAUGGACGUAUUCAUCAACGAGCUGCAAUACCAUCAUGGAAUUAAGCUUUUAUGCGGUUUUGAGAUCGAAGUGACGUUCUUGCGGCAUAGCGAUACGCCCCAUAACCCUUUCAAAUCAGCUUCAGAUAGUCCUCAGAUUGAAGCCUUUACACCACUGACGAAAACGCACGCAUGGGGAACCUUAACACCCGAACAGUGGCUUCAAACUCCUUUGCUCGCGGAGAUAGCUACAUCUCUAUCUGACAUCGGAAUUGAAGUCCAACAGUUCCACUCCGAGUCAGGCCAAGGCCAGUACGAGUUCGUUUUAGCUCCCCAACCGCUCCUGACUGCUGUCGACUCCCUCAUCCAAGCCCGACAGGUUGUCGCGCAGAUAGCAGCCUUGCAUGGCGCUAGGGCUACGCUGCAUCCCAAACCUUUUCCAGGCAUCGGGACCGCAGCGCACGCACAUAUUUCCUUGGAUCCUCCGGACAGAGAUCUCCAAUUCUUCAUUGGCGGCGUACUUAAUCAUUUACCUGCAAUCUGCGCGUUCACGAUGCCUGAGGAUGUCAGCUACGACCGCGUAGCCGAUGAUUCUUGGACUGGUGGUACAUGGGUUGCAUGGGGGACACAAAACCGCGAAGUGCCACUCCGACGAGUCAACGGUGGUCGCUGGGAGAUACGGUGCCUGGAUGGCUUUGCGAAUAUGUAUUUUGCUGUCUCCGCCAUCCUCGCAGCUGGUAUACUCGGCCUGAAAAGCAGCGUGGUCGAUUUUGCGCAGAGAGAUGUGCCGUACAACCCAUCGCAAUUGGAUGAAGCUGGAAGGGCGGAAUUUGGGAUCACGCAGAAGCUGCCGGCUAAUUUUGGAGAGGCGAUACGCGCGCUUGAGACAGAUGGAGAGUUGAAGGAGGCGCUCGCGCAAGGGUUCGUGAGUGACUACUUGACAAUGAAAGAGAGUGAGCAGAAGAUGCUUUCGGAGAUGACGGAUCAAGAGCGUAGGGUGUGGCUUAUCGAGAGGUACUGA